GAGCUUUGAUAACAGAGCCCAUGGGCAGUUCGCCGUGUACCACUGCAUCCAGAUUUCUCAAGGUCUCCAAAUUCUUAGCGAGGCUUGCUCGUACCAGUACUUGUGUUCGCGCAGGAAGCUUGAGUCGCGGAUCAGGUUAGUCAACCCACUACUGGUACAACAAAUUAAACGGUUAAACGGUCCACCUCAUUGAUGGACGGAUCCAUCCUCACGUAUGGUGCGCAAAUAUGUUAUCGCACUUGAAGCAUGUCGAGGACAAAGCAAGGCCAGCGGAGGCCCCAGAAUCCCCGGGACUGGGUCUCCAGAUGGAGUGGCGGACGAUCACCAUCGAAGUAUAAAAGAAUGACUCCCCUGGCAGAACAGGCCCACCCUUCUCAAGGUCCUCAUCGACGCCCUUCCUCCUGGUCCUCUUCAACAUCCUUCCUCCUUUCACACCAGUACUGUCUGCUGCUCAGUACCUCCAACAACUCAUCUUCACGAUGGAUACAGCUCCAACCUUCCUGGGUCUCCGUGGCCAACCUCUCAUCUAUGCUGUCACCUUCACGAGCUCAAUCGGAUUCCUUUUGUUUGGGUACGAUCUGGGCUUUAUGGGCGGAUUAACGACGUCGACGACCUUCCUGAACGUCUUCGGCAAUCCGGGAUCUGCCCUUUUGGGCUUCAUCGUCGCCAGCUACGAAGUGGGAGCUCUCUUUGGAGCUCUCUUCCAAUUUGCCCUUGGUGACCGAUACGGUCGUAAGACAAACAACCUUGGUGGUGCGAUCUUGGUCAUCAUUGGAGCCGUCUUACAGGCUUCAACCACUACACUUGCCCAAUUUCUUGUUGGUCGAGUCGUUGGAGGGUUUGGCCUUGGCUGUAUGACCACCGUCAUUCCCAUCUGGCUGACUGAGUGCGCUACUCGGGCCAAUCGAGGUUGGUCUCCAUGUCCAUGUUUUAACUCCCAUGAAUCCAGGGUUGACACCAUCAAGGUCGUAUGAUGGCGAUGCAGCUAUCAAACCUGAUCAUCGGACUCAUUCUUUCCAACUGGCUCGACUAUGGCAUGGCCGACUACUCGUCCAGCGUCUCCUGGCGUUUCCCUUGUGCCUUCCAGAUCAUCUUCUGCAUUAUCGUCUGUUGCCUGAUGCCGUUCUUGCCAGAGUCUCCCCGCUAUCUCUUCCGCUCCGGCCAAGUUGAACGCGGUAUGACCUCGAUGGCUGCACUGCGUGGCACUACCCGAGAUAACCCGGACGUCCAACUGGAGAUCAAAGAGAUCCAGUAUAUUCUCGAAGUCGAAGCUGAAGAAGUUGGAACAUGGUCGGAUUGCUUCAAGGACGGCGGUAUCUACGGCUGGCAGCGAGUGGCUAUCGCUUUCUCCGCCAACUUCUUCCAGCAACUGUCCGGGGUCAACGUCAUGUCGUCUCUUGGUCCAUACAUCUUUCAGACUUCAAUUGGCAUGAGCAGUCGCAAUGCUCUUCUGGUCUCUGGUGGUCUUCAAGUCUACUACUUCCUCAGCUCCUUGAUCCCAUGGUACACCACGAACAACGUCGGUCGCAGAAAGCUCUUCAUGAUUGGAUCGGCCGGUAUGGGCGUUUGUAUGCUUCUGUCUGCCAUCUUUGUCGGCGUCGGCAGCCAGGGCCUUGGAUAUGCUGCAGCGGUGGUUCUCUACAUCUUCCACACUUUCUUCACCCUUGGAUGGCAGUCGAAUAUGUGGAUCUACCCCAGCGAGAUCCUACCGCUGAAGCUUCGGCUUCGUGGAGGUGCGCUUGCGGUUGUGUCCCAGUGGCUGUUCACCUUUGUGGUUGUCCAGAUCACGCCUCCGAUGAUCACGAACAUCAACUACAGGAGCUACAUUGUCUUCGCAGUGGUCAAUUUCGCCACGAUCCCUUGCGUGUAUUUCUUCUAUCCGGAAACACUCAAACUUCCGCUCGAGGCGAUAGAUUUGCUGUUCACUGGCCGUCCGGGAGAGCAGCGUCCGAGCUUCAUGCAGGCUGUUCGGAACUCUAGGAACCAGGAAUUCAAAGACACUAUCAUGGCGACUUUGAUCGAACGGGCUGACCAAGAGGGCGACGCUGGUAUCAAGAUGGCCCCGAUCCACGAUGAGACUGCUAAAGUGUGACUGGGUCAACGACACUCCAACACAUCGCCCAUGGAUGUUGUCUAUGAAGGAAUGUUAAACACCUACUAUACACCGUCUUUCAGGUAUGCUUUAGAUAGGAUCUCGACGAUCAUCCAAAUGUAAGGCCGAAGAACUUUCGGGAAAGAAGAAUAAACAUUCAAGCACUACCUAUAAGUCCUUCAGAGCUUCAAAGUCAG